AUGUUUGAUGCAAUGGGUGCUGCUGGAUCAGCAGAUGACAUUAAUGCUAUGGAAAUUCACCACUGGUACACAAAAUUUAUGAAGGAAUGCCCAUCUGGACAACUUUGUCUACAUGAAUUUAAACAUGUCCUGGAUCUACAUGGACUUACUCCGGAAGCUAACAGCUAUGUUGAACAAGUAUUUCACACAUUUGACAUGAAUAAGGAUGGAUUUAUAGACUUCUUGGAGUUCAUAGCUGCAAUAAAUUUGGUUAUACGAGGGAAAAUUGACCAAAAAUUGAAAUGGUAUUUCAAGCUAUACGAUGCUGAUGGAAACGGAUGUAUUGACAAAAAAGAACUACUAAGCAUAUUCUCGGCUAUCCAGGCUAUAAAUGGCUACACCAACAUGAGUGCUGAAGAGUUCACAAACAUGGUAUUUCAGAAGAUAGAUGUGAACAAUGAUGGGGAACUGACUUUGGAAGAGUUUAUCAACGGUGUGGAAAGCGAUGAGGAUCUAAUGGAAUUGAUUUCGAAAAGUUUUGACCUUUCCAACGUACUCAAAGUCAUACAGAACGGCAGGAGGAACAGCGUCUGAAGGAUCCAGUGACAGAUGUGGCCUUUGUGUCAUCAUUUCAAGGAAGAUAAUAUUUGAUAUAUUCAGAGAGCUUGAUGUUGUUAAAUCCUGCUCGGGCAAUAGCGAGCAGCCUGCUCCAGGAGUAACAAUUUUCACUCUUCAUAUAUCUCCUUUUUUUUCUUUAUUCUUUUCCUUGCUCAUGACUGUGGCAGCCACACAGAAAAAAACCAGCUUCAGCUGCCUAUAAUAGAAAAGGUAUUUGAUGCAGUAAAAGUAACUUACUUGGUCUCUAUGAGCAUGUUGUCAUUAAACCUCAGACAGCAAUUAAGCACCACCCAGCUGGGGGCUCACUGCACUCCAGUGGGACGGGGAAGAGUGAAAGUGCAAAAACUUGUGGGCUGAGAUAAAGACAAUUUAAAAGGUGAAGAAAAAGCUGUGCACUCAAGCAAAGCAGAACAAGGACUUAAUUCACCUCUCCCCAUGGGCAGGCAAGUGUUUAGCCAGCUCCAGGAAAGCAUGGAUCCAUCAAGCAUAAUGGUGACUUGGGAAGACAAAUGCUAUCACUCUGAACAUUCCCUCCCUUGCUUCUUCUUCCCCAGCUGUAUAUGCUGAGCAUGACACCAUAUGGUGUCAGAUAUCCUUGUGGUCAGCUGGGGUCAGCUGUCCCAGCUGUGUCCCCUCACAGCUUCUUGUGCACCCCGAGCCUUCUCACUGGUGGGGUGAGAGGCAGAAAAAGACUUGAUGCUAUGCAAGCACUUCUCAGCAGUAAUGAAAACAUCUUUGUGUUAUCAAUGUUGUUUUGGUCACAAAUCCAAAACACAGCCUCAUACCAGCUACUAUGAAGAAAAUUACCUCUAUCCAAGCUGAAACCAGCACAUUCUCUUCUGUUCACAUAAAUCAAUAAAAUAAUAAAAAUAAUACAAAAUGCAACCUUUCUAGAUGACACAGAGUUAAUAAAUUUCUUCUUUUAAUUCUGGGUUUUUUAACCCUACUACCUAAAGGGUGGACACAAACUUCUAGGUAGGACUGGGUUCUAUCUAGAUCAAUUAAGAGCAAAGCCUACUUUGUAUUAAUCUAACAUUUGCUCUAAUCAGUACUUAAAAUUGGAUUACAGUCUCUGGGAAACGCCUCAGUCAGCUUAAUAUUCCCAAGAUGUGUAUCAUCCUUAACAAGCCUACAACUCUUGAUUUUAUUACAUCCGUAAAUUAAAAUAAUGUGAUAUUUUGAUGUUUCUUUCAGGGUUCAGUUACUGUUCUUUCAAGUUAACCUUUUAUAAAAGUGCUGGAAUUAAAUUUUUUAUCUUUCUAGAGCAAAAUUAGAAGUUCAAAGAAUAGCUAAAACCCAAAUCAUUUUGCAAGCACUCCAAGAGAUUUGUGUCCUUUGACUUGUAUGUCCUCCUUUGCAAAACAAUUUGUUUUCACUGGCCUCACCCCUGAUUAUGACACUGCUAGCUUCUCCAAAACAGACAGCCUUUCCCUGACAGGGAGUACUAAUUUAAGUAUCUUUGUCCUGCACAGAUACCUGGGUGAAAGCUUUUAACAAUUGAGUUUCUUUGAGAUUUUACCUCCUUUCAAACUGGGUUGCAAUUGUCUCUGAAGGUGGUAGCUGUCAGGAGUGAAGGGAAGGCAUUUGCAGAUGGCAUGAUCACAUAUUCCUCAUUUUUUAGGAAACCAGGCUCAAAACAACACAACUUUACUUUAUAAAUAAUAAGAUUAAUUCUAUGAGCUGAGAUGGAAUGGCAUGAAAUAUCUGCAAAGGGAAAAUUAUAGUUCUUUCUGGUUCUAUUGGGAUUGAUUCUCAAGUCUGUAACAAGUUUUAUCAAAUUACUAUAUUAUAAGACUAAGUUCUCCCUGGUUGACAGUGCCCUGUAGGCAUCACACUAAUAUUAGUUAUUGUUAGAAGCAUCAGUUUUAUACAAAGUAAUUUGUGCAAGGAUUGGUGCAGAUUGAACAAAACAAUUUUUAAGACUUCAAUACGAAAAUGUUUUUCUUCCAAAUUCCCUUCAAAUCCAUGUCCACUGCAAAUUAAAUGUACUCCAUCAUCUACCAUUAUUA